AUGGAGGCCGGAAGCAGUGUGCUUCCAGGGGGUGGUAAUCUUGUGCACCGUAGCCCGAAAGGGGUCUCUUUAGGAUCUGGAGCUGGCAAAGACGCGCCUACAGCCUCCGGGCCGCAAUGGAAAAGCUCGCCUGUGCCCGUCACCAAGGCAGCGCAGCGGCCGCACGAGAUUCAAAACUGCCAGCGAGAGAUACCUGUACGGAGGCCUGCCUUCAGCAUUUCAAUGGAAGUCCUACAUCUCACUGUCCCCGAUACCGAGCGGAGCAAGCUGACCGGAGGUAGUAACGACUUCGGAAGCAGCUGCAGUGUGAUCACGCGGCGGCGAUCUCGUGGACAAGCCGUACAGGAGCGCCGUUGUCAAGCCGCUUGUCAGGCAGAUGUCCACCGCGCGCGUGCUGAGGGCUGAAGGGCGGAUAUGCGCGCACGAGCGUGCAGGUGGUACGCUAACCGCUUCACUCGCGCGCGGCGUUGACGUCAGCAAGAGGGCCGCCUCGGGGAGAUGAUCAGCGGCUGCCGGUCUGGCGGGGGACCCGUUUUCAACGUCCCCGGAAUUCUAAGCUCUAGUCUUGAAAACUCGGUUUACGUAACGCGUCGAACAUUCCUGAGCUGAAGAGUAGCAAGCCCGCCAAGUCCAUAGAAGUUACGACGCCAGAAAACAAGGGGCGGCACAGGAAUUCUCGAGUCGACGGUGACAUUGGUAUCAUCUUUGGAAUGAUUGGCUCAAAAACACUCCGUUAGAAUGUUUAGAAUGGUCAGCGGAUCAUCAAGCUCGGCUGAGUAGGACCGUUUUGUGCUUGAAGGUAGUUCUUUCGAGAGCGGUCAAUCUAGCCUUGUCUGAAACCAUUCACGGAGCGCAAAAGCUUAAUUGGAUUGAGUCGACGAGCCACGCCAAGCUGGCAACGCGCUCCUUGGGCAUGAACCAAGCUGUUCUUUCG